AUGAUCGACCUGGCGCAAAUCGAGCCUUUGACGAUAGGCUGCCCUACUCCCCAGCGCAUCGCUACCUACUCCCUGUCCGCCAACCGUCAGCGUCCUCUUGCCGGUGCCUUCAACGCUGCCAUCUUCAACACCUUCCGCCGCUUCAGACACCAGGUGCUCUACGUUGUGCCUCCCUUCGUCAUCGCCUACUCCGCGAUGAACUGGGCUGUUGAGAAGUAUGUCAACCUGCUAAUGGUGAUUAGGAACGAGUACCUCAACUCCAAGCCUGGCCGUCUUGCCGAGGGUGGUCACGAGUAA